CUGUCCUUCCCUCUGCGGUCUCCUGCGGAAAUAUCUUGGUGUCUGAGCGGGGUGACAUUGGUGCUCUGUUGUAAUAGCGUCUGAAUUAAUAGGAUAUGUCUAGACUGCAUCAAAGGGGAGAGUCCAGCCCGUGCAGACGCCGCUAAGUCACCUCGAGCCGGCCCGGCCGCUGCUGGCACCGCAGCCAGGGCAGAUCCUCAGCCACGUUCGAUCCGCUGCUUGCGGUCUGCGCGUUCGGAGGGCUUGCGGAAAGGCCUGGAGCCGGGGAGGGAAGGUGAGAGUUUGGGAUGGGACCUUCUGCUCUAAUAGAUCCUUCCCUCCCCUCAGCCACUUCCAUCCUGAAGCGGCAGAAGCAGCUACGCCGGAAGAAUGUGCGUUUCGACCAGGUGACCGUGUACUACUUCGCCCGGCGCCAGGGCUUCACCAGCGUGCCCAGCCAGGGCGGCAGCUCCCUGGGCAUGGCCCAGCGCCACAACUCCGUCCGCAGGUACACGCUCUGCGAGUUCGCUCAGGAGCAGGAGGUGAAUCACCGGGAAAUCCUCCGGGAGCACCUCAAGGAAGAGAAGCUCCACGCCAAAAAGAUGAAGGGUGCCGUAACGGAGGGAAGACGGCAGAGGGACUCUCUGCUCCCAGCUCUUUUUUUUUUUUUCCCUCCUCCCCGAGCCUUUUCUCCUGUAAAGCGCUGCGAGCCCGAGUGACGUGUGGC